AUGACCAAGAGAACGAAGAAGGCUAGAAUUGUCGGAAAAUAUGGUACACGAUAUGGUGCCAGUCUUAGGAAGCAGAUCAAGAAGAUGGAAGUGAGUCAACACAACAAGUACUUCUGUGAGUUCUGCGGAAAGUACUCCGUUAAGAGGAAAGUUGUUGGCAUUUGGGGGUGCAAAGAUUGCGGGAAAGUGAAAGCAGGCGGUGCAUACACAAUGAACACGGCUAGUGCUGUGACUGUUAGGAGUACCAUCAGGCGGUUGAGAGAGCAAACCGAGAGCUAG